CCUCUAAUUAGGUUCAGGAGGUGAAGGAUGAAAAGAGUUAAAGAAAACUUUUAAUUAUCAAUUCACACUCAAGAAUAAAGGCAUAGGGAAAAAUUUCCCAAAAGGCUUGGAAUAAAGCUUUGCAGGAAGAGUAUGAAAGGUACUGAAUAAUUUGUCCUGAUAGUUAUUCAGUCAAAUCUCUCGGGCUUCAUCAUCAUACACCUGAGAGUUGGUUGUGGGCUGCUACAAUCCCGAGAAACUCCCUCUGGGUGAAAGGUGGAUGGGACUGCUGUGCUCCUGGCUGACGUAAUGGCACCUAAACUCUGGGCAAUUCUCCCCAGGUGAUGGCAUGUAACUCCUGAUGACACAUGGCAAUAUGCACUUGCUUAUCCACAUCUGCAGUAUGACAGAAGGAAUUAGGACAGCAGAGUCAUACAAUUCUGUAAUAUUUGCAAAAUAAAUAUGCUCCAUGUGAGCAGGAUUUAAUCCACAUUUGUAUGGUCAUCAUUUAAGAAUUUGAUUUCUCCAAAUAAUCUUUACAGUCUUUUGUGUGUCUCCAAAAGAUUGUGGCUCCCACAUUGAAAGAUUCACUUUGAAAGAGCAGCAAGAAAACAUUGGAACAGGCUUCAAUGUGAAUUGAACUUACAUAUGUUUCAUUUAUGGACAAGACCAAGAUGGCACAAUCUAACGGCUAAUGGCAUUUCAGGACACGGCAAUGGCUACUUACUAUGCCUGCUGAUGUCACUGUUGUUGCAGAGGGAAGAACUGGCUGCUCUGGGUGUGUGACAGUCAUGGCGACAGAAGACUCCAACCAGACUGUGGUAAGCCACUUCUUCCUGGAGGGUCUGAUGUACACAACUGAACACCCCAGCUUCUUCUUCCUCCUUUUCCUCCUCAUCUACACCAUCACCUUGACUGGGAAUCUUCUCAUUCUCAUAACUGUGGCCUCUGACCCUCAUCUCUCCUCCCCUAUGUACCACUUCCUGGGACACCUCUCCUUCUUGGAUGCAAGUUUGUCUACAGUGACAGUGCCCAAGGUCAUGGCCGGCCUCCUGUCGCUGGAUGGAAAGGUGAUCUCCCUCCAGAGCUGUGCGGUGCAGCUUUACUGCUUCCACUUCCUAGCCAGUACUGAGUGUUUCCUAUACACAGUCAUGGCCUAUGACCGCUACCUAGCUAUCUGCCAACCCCUGCACUACCCAGUUGCCAUGGACAGGCGGAAGUGUGCAGGGCUGGCUGGAGUCACUUGGGCCCUCGGUGCUGUACACUCUGCCAUCCAUACCUCCCUCACCUUCCGGUUGCUCUACUGUGGCCCUAAUCAUGUUGCUUACUUCUUCUGUGACAUCCCGCCUGUGCUGAAGCUGGCCUGUGCAGACACGGCCAUCAAUGAGCUUGCCAUGCUUGCCAGCAUUGGUAUCGUGGCAGUAGCUUGCCUGAUCAUCAUCAUCUUUUCCUACGGCUUCAUCGCCGUGGCGGUGCUGCAGAUCCGCAGCCCCGAGGGCCGACAACGUGCCUUCUCCACCUGCACUUCCCACCUCACGGUGGUGUGUCUGUACUACAUACCGCCUGUCUGCAUCUACCUGCAGCCUCACUCCAGCGGGGCAGGAGCCGGUGCCCCAGCGGUCUUCUACACAAUAGUCACACCAGCGCUCAACCCUUUCAUUUACACUCUGCGGAACAAGGCAAUGAAGCAGGCUCUGCGGAGACUUCUGGGCCAAGGGUCUGCCGCAGGCAGCCCACCCCACCAGCCUGUGCUGGGACUCCCCUGAUGGUCUCUCCAGGAAAUCAACUGUUCUCAUAGCGAAAUGAAGGCACAUCAUUCAAACGGAAAUAAGAAUAAGACUUUCAGCUCAGCCACGAACUUUCCCCCUCCCUUUGGCCCAGACACAUGUCUCAAGACUUCAGCCACAAACUUCAUCUAUGAAAUGGAUUAGGUGAUGUCUAGAAUAUUUCCAAGAUCUAUGGAAAUAGCUAUCUAUGUUCAGUGGUUCAGAGGUAUGUGAAUGCUAUUCCUAUCCUCUUUUAUUUUGCUAAAUGAUUAUUCUUAUUUUGCGUGAAAUAAUUUCAUUAAAUAUACUGUACAUUAAAAAAUGCUGCUAACAAAAAUAUGUUUCAACAACAAAUGAAACUGCACAUGUAUCACCUUGCUGAAGAAGAAAAAAAAAACACAUUUCCAAGAUAAUAAAAUACAACUACAAGGAGAAAAGUGACUUGCCCCAGGUGACUUAGCAAGUGUCA